AGUUUCAGACAGCUCACCACAUCUCAUGCACACACACACACACACACACACACACAAACACACGCACGCUCUGUCACACUUCAAAAUUACUUGAUCACCACUCAGUUCCUGACUCGUCUUCUUGUUUGGCUGCACAAACUUUAUCUGCUGCUCUUGACUUCGGAAACCAGCGAUGGUGCGAGCGCUCUGCUAGUUUCCUGUCAUUGCAACGCAUGCAUGCAGAGAUAAAGGCGACACAGACAUUUUGUUAUAUCUCCAGAAAACAUCCUGAAUGUAAAUUUGUCAGAGUUAACGGCAAAAACCAGCCUUGAACUGGAACACCAAGCCAGUGGGAUUUUUCUACUUAACAGGGAACUUUCUAAAGAGGCAUGGCGGAUGAUUACCGACAAUCCACUGUGAAUAUCAUGAUCCUUUCUUUCUUCCUAGUAGCCCUGCUUUUAUUACUGUUCUUCUUCUACAAAAAGAUGAACCAGGAGAAUGAUGGAGAAUACACCAUCCAGCGCAUGGUGCUUAAGGAAGGAGGGAUCAGGGACCAGACGAGGGUCGCAGGAAUAGCUCUGGGGACACGUGUCAGAGCCCGACUGUGUCCUGGCAGUGAUUCAUAUGAGGAAGGGGAGGAAAUGCAGGAGGUCAGAGAUGAGGAGGGACAGGUGGAGGAGGGGGGUAGCCAGGGGAGUUACAGCGAGGGGAGCAGCCAGGAGGAGGAGGAGGAUAAUGAGGAGCAGGGAAAAGGAGAUAACACCUCACAUGAUUCCUCGAGCUCAGAGGGUUUGAAGGCAGGGGAGCAAACCAGACUGACGGAUCAGCCAGAGGCAAAUGUGGAGAUGGAGGGGAAAAGGGAGGAAGUGGCAAGUAGAGGAGAGGAAAGAGGAGGGUCUGGAUUGCUGAUCGACCUGAAGCAGUUUUCUGGAAGUGCGAUCUGGUCUGAAGAGAAGGGGAUGGAGAGGGAGGUGACUUCUCUGUGAGCUCAGAAGAAGAAGGUGCACUGACCAAAGAAAAUCAUUUACCAGCUUAAAGGAUAUUUCAGUUUGUACCCCACAAAUGAAUCAAGUUUUUUUCCAAUUACAGUUCAACUGAGUUAAUAUAGCUUAUUCAUUUUUAAUUUGAACAAACCUAAUUCAUUUGCGUGUUACCAAUUGAAGUAGCCUAUUUCUCUUUAACUGGGUAAGCAAUUUUGGAUGUAGUAGAAAUGCUGAUCCUUGUGUGGUUUUCUAGAAAUAAUGAUAAUAAAUACUGGAAUCACUCUGUAAAACAUCCACUAUGAGUAUUUUUUUAAUUACAAUAAAGCCCUGGUAUUAUUACUUCCUGCUGUAGCACAAUACAAAGCUGACUGGUGAAUGAAGCUGGUAUAAAUGCAGACGUACACUGUUUGUUUAAGAAUGUUAUGUUUUAUUAUGUCACACUGAUUCAGUUAAGAAAUCAGAUUUUCUAUUAUUUUGUCAACCAUCUAUAUGUGGUAAAUUUUGGAGUGUAACAUAUUUUCAAUUGUUUAAAAAUGUUUUUUGAGAAUAAAAACAGAAGAAUACA